UUAAAUUGGGAGUUUCUCGUAUAAACAUUAUUUUCAGUUCCACUUUGAACAUGGAGACCAAAAAUUUGGUUGUAAACAAAACGCUGCCAUUUGAUCCCACGUUUUUAACUGUAAACAUAUCGUUACGCCAAGUGGAGGAGAUUGCAAUGACCCUAUCGAGCCAGUGUAUAGUUACGGGCACAAAUGAAAUCGCGUGGGCUCUGAGAGCGCUCAUGUUGACUGACUUGACCACGCUGGCUGGAGAUGAUACGAAGGCGAACGUGCGUCGGAUGUGCGUGCGCGCCUGUUAUCCCUUUGAGCCGCAGUUUUUCGACAAAUUCUUUGAGCGCACCCUUCUGCUGGACAUCCACUGUGCCGCUGUUUGUGUGUAUCCGGCACGUGUACAGGACGCCUAUACAACGGUUGAACAAUUUAAGCAGUUGGAUAGAGUUGCGAUUGCCGCAGUGGCUAGUGGGUUUCCCACCGGGCAGUAUGGACUGCAGACGCGAUUGCAGGAAAUAAGCCAUGCCAUUCUCGCGGGUGCCACGGAGAUCGACAUUGUCAUCAAUCGGCAGCUGGCACUGUUGGGCGACUGGAAAGCGCUCUACAACGAGGUGGUGCUCAUGCGCAGCGCCUGCGGUGACCACGCACUGCUCAAGACCAUCCUGGCAAUUGGCGAACUUGGCACCAUGGAGAACGUGUACAAGGCGGCCAUGGUUUGCAUGAUGGCGGGUGCGGACUUCAUAAAGACUUCCACAGGCAAAGAGAUGGUGAACGCGACUCUGCCCGUUGGCUUGGUCAUGAUUUUUGCCAUACAGGAGUUCAAACGACGCACUUGCCAAAUAGUUGGCCUCAAGCCAGCUGGCGGAGUGCGCACAGUGCGAGACGCCAUCUGCUGGAUGACUCUUGUUAAGGAGACUCUGGGCAUUCGCUGGUUAACACCGCAACGUUUCCGCUUCGGCGCUUCCGGAUUGAUUGAUGAUAUUGAUAAGGUUGUCCGCGAAGGCGUCGCCAGGAUGGAGAAGGAGCAGCUCGAAAAGGCCGCUGCGAAUAAGCAACCGGGUUCUGAGAUAGAUGAAGAUGCUCUUUGCAAGGAACUUCGCGAAAAAAGACAAGCGAAAAACUAACUGCUUUGCACUCGAAUCAUACAAUUACUAAUCUUACAUAGCCCGGCUAUAAAUAUACGCAUAUCAUACAUUUCGAA